GUUUAAACUAAAUAAAUGAAAAUGAUGAUGACCAUUAUAAAAAAGAAGCUAAUAUUAUUGCUUUUAACAACAAUAAUAAUGAUAAACAUCAACAUUGAUAAUAACAAUAGAUUUGUAAAUGGAUUUACAUUUGGUCCAAUAUUAAGUAAUUUAUUAACAAUUGGACAAUUAACAAAUAGAUCAUUAUUUGUGGUUACAAAAUCCAAACAAACCUAUAUAGUGAAUGUAGAUGAAUUAGAUAUGUGGACACAAACAUGGCGUAUACCAUAUCGGGAUACGGUAGAUUUAUAUACACGAUAUCCAUGGAUUAAACAAUUAUCAUUAUAUAAACAAUUUUUGGAUAACGAUUAUAAUCGUUAUAUGACAAUUUUAACACCAUCACCAAAAGAAAAUUUGCUAGGAUUUUAUGGUGAUCAUUCAGCAUUAUUUAUUGAUAUAAAUAAGAAAAAAGCAACCCUUCUUGAUAUGAAAAAGAUUGAAGAUUAUAAUACUAAUUUAUUGCCAGUAUCAACAUUAAAUCAGGGAAUAGGAUUUGUUCGACAGGAUAAAGAAACAAUAACGCUUAUGGCUUAUCAAUUUGAUGAACAACUUUCACCAUUUAAACCAUUAACUUAUCGAAGAUGUUCAGAUUAUUCGCUUGUAAUUGAUGGAAAUUGUUCGAUGGAUGCGAAAACAAUACCAUUUCCCUAUAUAACGAAUGCAUUUUCUGAUCUAAGUUCUAAUCUACAUUUAUUUACCGAUGAUGAUAUGAUUAUUAAAUUUUUAAUAUCUGGCCAUCGAUGGAAAUAUCUGCCACAAACUACAUUUCUAAAUGUUGAUGUUGCGGUUAAUCCACAAUUAACAUUAUUAAUAUUACUAUUGAUGCUUGGAAUUGUAGUGUUGGAAUCAUUUCUAUUAAUCAAAUGCUAUUUUACUCAUGAUAAAAUGAUCGAUAAUGUUAGACGAUUAUCAACAUUAAAAUCAAAUAUACCACCACCUGUUUAUGUUUAUGAUAGUUCAUCAAUUGUCGAUACGAAAAGGAAAGCAUCGAGUAAAACAACUAAAAAAGGAAUGAAAAAAUUACCACCACCAGCUGAACCUGCACCACCAGUUUCAGCUGAUUCAUUCUUGACUGAUAAUCUGAAUAGUAAUAAAAUAAGUACAUCAGCAUUGAUGGAUUCAUCAACAUCGCAUUCGAAACCACAAUCGGCAAUUUUAAAAACUGAAUUAAGUUCAUCAAUACAGGAUAAAAGCAAAACAUUCAAAGGUUCAAUAAUAGAAUCAUCAGCAAUAAGUACUCCACAAUCAACAGUUGUAUCGGAAGUACCUUAUAAAGAUGAUGCUACACAUGAUAGUAGUAAGAGUGGUAGCCCAAGUAGAUCAAGAAAAAAGCCACCAUCAAAUAGUCCAAGUAGAUCGAAGAAAAAGAUUAGUCCUUCUAGUAAUAUUGGUAGUCCAAGCAGAUCCAAAAAAAAGGCGCCAUCAAAUAGUCCAAGUACAUCGAGGAAACAUGCUCCAUCAAAUAGUCCAAGUGCAACCAAGAAAAAACCUGUUGGUAGUGGUCAUAUUAGUAGCCCAAUUUCAUCAAAGAAAAAAGAUAAAGAAACAACGAAAAAAACAAAAACAAAACUUAAAAGUACUGGUCCUGAAUCAAAAAAAGGAAAAAAAUGAAAGUUUUG